AUGGAGUACACCCAAGUGACCGAGCUCCCAUUGGUGAUCUCGAGUGAGCUUUGUGCUGGGCGGAACUUCAUCGUGACCGGCACCAACGUUGGGCUCGGCCUCGAAGCUGCCCGUCAUCUCGUCGGCGUGGGCGCAAAGAAAGUCAUCCUGGCCGUCCGCAACCUCGAGGCCGGCGAGGCUGCCCGAGCAGAUAUUGAUGCAUCCACGGGCACCACGGGUGUUGCUGAGGUUUGGCAUCUUGACCUGUCCCAGCGCUCCAGCGUGCAGUCUUUUGCAGCGAAGGCAAUCGAAACCAUCGAUCGUAUCGACGCUGUCAUUGAAAAUGCCGGUGUCGCUGCGGCUGGCACCAAGGACCACGAGGGCCAGCUGCUCACGGUGACGGUCAAUGUUGUCAACACCUUCCUUUUGCUCUUACUGCUUCUACCCAAGCUCCGCGCGGAUGCGAAGACCUUCGGGUAUAAGCCCCGCGUCUCUGUGGUGAGCAGCGAUUCUGCUGAGUUCAUCAAGGACUACUGGCCCCUGAUCGCCGAUGACCCUAUUGCGAAGAUGCAUGCUGAUCCGGAUAUUGGAAUGAAGUCUUACCCUACCUCCAAGCUCUUGGAGGCCUUGGGAGUUCGUCAUCUCGCAACUCUGCUCCCUGUGGAGUCUGGUGGUGUCAUCAUCAAUGCAGUCAACCCGGGUGCCUGCAUGACCACACUUUCACGCAAUGCCUCCGAGGGAUUCAAGGAGCAGCUAAAGGAGCUCUGGGCUCGAUGUGGCCGAACAGCUGAGUGCGGCAGCCGUACCCUUCUUGCCGGGGCGGUCGCUGGGGAUGAUAGCCAUGGCGCAUAUAUGAGCGAUUGUGUUGUCAAGCACGACUUUGCUGAGUGGGCUGGCGACGGUGCGAACGAGAAGGCUUGGAAUUCGAUCGCUAAGGAGAUUGAGAAGGUUCAGCCUGGAGUUGUGGCCAAGGCCCUUGAGUAA